GAAUGGGAUCAAGCCAGAGAGAAGCCCCAGACGGAAACGAGGGGGCAGUAUUGGAGACAGGGGGCGGAGUGACUCCGUACGCAGGAGGAUUUCCCCGAAGACUCUCAAGCUUUGAGCUGGUGAAGUGCCCAGAAAGAAAGAAAUGAAAGCUUAGAGGAGGAGGAAGAGAAGACCGCGGGAGGCGAACUGACAUAACUCUAGACAACUCCCAGCCUUACUCUUUAUUGGCCCGCCCCUCUCCGUCAUCCACGGGAGCUCUUCGGGCCACCGUAGUACCACGCCUCUUUUCUUCCCCGCGUGGCGCCGAUGACGUGAGACGUUCAAGAGCACUCUUCUUACAGAGGUCCCUUUCUUCCUAACUGUCGGUUGCCCUCAGCUGCGCCUGCGUGGCAGAGAGGGGAAGUGAGGCGGUUUCCUCGGCGCCUUUUCCGGCUGUGGCUGUGGCUGUGGCUGAAUUGGGAGGAGGCAGAGAAGGAGGAGGCAGCAGCGGCGGCAGCCGGGGGACCCUCCAUACAGGGCGGUGGCCGGAGGUAGCUCAUCGAGUUCCUCCGGGGAUCAAUGACCUGACGAGGAGCCGGAGUCGCCGCUGUCGCUCGGGUAGCGAGGGUCGGUGGUUCAGCGGACGGGCGGGCCGGGGUCUCCGGCGGCGGCGGGGCCUGGAGAGACGGCAGGCAGUCGGAAGAGCAGGCCGAGCGGGAGCGGCGGCGCUCGGUGCCUGGGGGGGAAGGGCAGUUCCGGGCUGGGCCUCACCAGGGCGGCGGCUCCUCGCGGCGCAGCUUCUGGCCGUCGGCAGAAACAGGAGGAAGCCGGGUUCGGGCCGGUGAUGUCCAACUGAGCGGGAGCCCAGGACUCACCCCCUAGGCGGCACGGGCAGCUCGCCCAUUGAAGGCCGCAGAGUGUUCUCGCGGCUGGGCGGGAUCGCUUCGGUUUCCUGGAGGCUGCGGUGGCGGCGGUGGCUAAGGGGACGCGGGAUACCUGAAUGCCCCCAGCCCCGGCUCCUCCGACGCGAUGGGGAAGGUGCUGUCUAAGAUCUUUGGGAACAAGGAAAUGCGGAUCCUGAUGCUGGGGCUAGACGCCGCCGGCAAGACCACUAUUUUGUACAAGUUGAAGUUGGGCCAGUCGGUGACGACCAUCCCCACCGUGGGCUUCAACGUGGAGACGGUGACUUACAAAAACGUCAAGUUCAACGUAUGGGACGUGGGCGGCCAGGACAAGAUCCGGCCACUCUGGCGGCAUUACUACACCGGGACCCAGGGGCUGAUCUUCGUAGUGGACUGCGCCGACCGAGACCGCAUCGAUGAGGCCCGCCAGGAGCUUCACCGCAUCAUCAACGACCGGGAAAUGCGGGACGCCAUCAUCCUCAUCUUCGCCAACAAGCAGGACCUGCCCGAUGCCAUGAAACCCCAUGAGAUCCAGGAAAAACUGGGCCUGACCCGGAUUCGGGACAGGAACUGGUAUGUGCAGCCUUCCUGUGCCACCUCAGGGGAUGGACUCUAUGAGGGCCUCACAUGGUUAACCUCUAACUACAAAUCGUAAUGAGCAUUCACAACCCAUCAUACCCCCCUUUCCCAUCUCCCCUCAGGAGAGAAAUAAAAAAAAAAAAAACCAUAGGAUUAUCACCACCAUCACCUUCAAUGCCACUUUCUCUUCUUUCGAAUUUGGACUCUGGAGUUACUGUUUUACGGUUUGGGGAGGGGGGUUGGGUUGAGGGGGUUCCUCUUUGUUUUUUUCUUUUAUUUCUUUUUCAUUUGUUUUUUUGCUUUGCUUUAGGAUGCUCUAGUCUGACAUUUGACAUGAACACAAAGUACUAGGUGCUCUUGUUGACUUCCAGCAAAUAGGGUGGGGGAAAAUAUAGCAACUCUUGAUAUGGUCUUUAUAAUAAUGGUUUGAUUUUUUUAUUUUGACGGAAUUUUUUUUUCAAAUGUAUGUCUCCCCCCUUUUACCCAGUUACCUUAUCACUUGCUGUAGAUGGCUUAUUUUGCAUUCAUGCAGACGAUGUUGCAAGUCUGUUUCAUCUAGUAAACUGAAAAUUAUUGCUUAAUCAAACUGCAGUCUGUCUUUUAUAUUUAAGGACUCUUUUUUUUUUUUUUAAAGAGUUCUACCUUUAGUCAUUUCAGGUGUGUCCUUUCAUAUCUAAAACUAGAAUGGUAAAACCUUGCCUGCAGUGGCAAACAAGUGAUACCAUUGUAAUAACUUGGAAGUGCAAAUAAGUAAUGUUAAGCAGAUAAUGUAAGAAGUGCUUUGAAAUAUUAGCUAUUAAGUUCUGAAACAUACAUCAUGCAUGAGCAGGGAUAAAACCAAAUUCUCCAUAUCACAAAACUGUUCCCUAAAUGAAAAUGUGAAAUUUUGAACAGGCCAUAAAUCUUAUACUGAAAAGUUAGCAAUGUUGCUGAAAUUUUUUUCUCAUUGCUUUUUUGUUCAUUUCUUAUUGUAGUCUAAAAAUUAUUCAGGCAAUAGAGCAAUAAUGGUACACACCAUUUUGAUAGCAGAAACAUUUUGUUACAUUUUGACAACUGAAAUACUUUUUUUAGUUGACUGAUAAAAGCAAAAACCAACUCAGUUUUGAUAGUUAUUAGUCUGUUUACUGUGAUCAGAUCUGAAAUAUUUUUUAAAAUUCAAAUUAUAUCAGUCUUUUCCUUACUGCAAAAGCAAACAUUCCAGUUUCCAUAUCACAUAAGUUGAUUAAGUUAAAGAAAUAAGUGAUUUUUUUAGAGUUUAAAAAUGACCUGUAUCUUAGUUAAGUAUCAGUGGAAAAGAUUAUUUUUGAAAGUUGUAAUUAGAUAUUUUAUUCACAUUUAUUUAAACUUAAGAAAAGGAAAAUUGAUGAAUGACUAGAUUAAAAACCACUGUUAAGAAAUGCUAAGUAAAUAGUAGAAAAUAUGUAGGUAAUGGUCCUACAUGUGACUAUGAAUGUAAAUUUAUAAGUCUUGUGAAAGAAAAGUUUGUCCAUUUGUCAGCUUCAGUCAGUAUAACUAGACUACGUUGUUUACUGGAUAGUUGAGAGUACUUUGAAUCAAAUGUUAAUAGUUGGUACAGAACUGGGCAGCAACAACAGCUGGUUCUAAGCUUCAAAUAUUAAUUUUUAGAGGUCAUCAAAAAGUUAAAAUGUGGAAUUUAAAGAAUGUAUACUAUAAAUCUAGAAAUAAGAUGGGGUGUGUGUGUCUGUGUGUUUGUAUGUGCAUGUGAGGUUUAUUAAAAAAUCCACAGUCUGAAUGAGACACCAUACUAGAGUUGUGCAGUAUUAAUCCUGCAUGCUGUUUUGACCAUGAAAUGUAUGAUGGUGCUUUUUACCAAAGAUAUGAGGAGCUUAAUUAAGGUGAUAGAAAAUUCACUUCUUGACAUUAAACAACUUGGACAACUAUUUUACUUAAUAUACUGAUAGUAAACUCUUUUUACAAAACUCACAUGAAAUAGGAAUUAAAAUUCCUGCUGUAACUAACAUUUUAACUUCAGUGGCAAGGCCUCUGAAAAUGAAGUUGAUGAAAUAAAAAUGUUUUGAAUAUCCUUAAAGAUUUCUAAGGCUCCAUCAUAAAUUUAAUUCAUAAUCCUUUGAUUCUAAUUUUUAAAGUACAUUAAAUUGUUUGUAAAAUAUCAGAAUGUACUAGUAACACCUGACAAUAAGAUAAGCACAGAGAAAUUUCCAGAGUAGAAGAAAGUUGAAGCCUUCAUGCUAAUAGUUUUAAAAAUUCUUUUUAAUGUGACUUUUUUUUUGGAAACAAGCAGUUGGAUUGGUUAGCUUUCAAUUUUUAAAUAUUAAAACAGUGUUGUUUAAAAGACUAAUAUGCUUAAGUGGUUUCUUUUGAAUAAGUGAAAAGGUAAUGAUUUUCAGGUUCUUUGAAAUCUCUGAAAAGGGAAAAUUAACAUUUUGAAAUUCAGUAGAACUUUGAAUACCUAUUAGUAAGCAAUUGUAAGUUUAAAUUCAGAUUUUUCAUGAUGGAUGAAAAAUACAAUUUUUUUUUAGUUAAUUCAACCAUAACCAUUAGUAAUUAUGGGGCUGAUAAUUACAACCUACAGAGAAAAAAAAUCAUAGUAAAAAAAACUCCAGUUAUUUUUAAGUAUCAAUUUGAAGUUUAAAUUGCAUCAAUUUCUGUGUUAGUGUUUUAUAAGAUACAUUAAGUUUUGAAUGAGGUUAAUCUUGUCUGAAAAAAGUAAUAGAGUCUCUAGACUCUCCUUAACAGUACAGUACUUGAAAUUGUGUUUUUAAUGACUGUAUUGUUGAAAAAAGAACUAAUGUGCAGAAAAUAAAAAAAAAAAAAAUUACACAGCAGUUUCAUGUUAUAUUACU